AUGGUGAAGUAUUUGUUUCUUAUUAACAGGGAGGUUGGACAAGGACCAGAAAUCGCUGCGGCGGCAAUGGAUUGCAGAAGAAUUAUUAAAUGCAGCACAAUCGCCAUUUUGUUUGUACUUCUGAUGCUGUCUUAUCAUUUUGUGGAGAUCUCAAUAAGGCCUCUGAACUUUGGUUUCAAAAUAAACCUUUCGCACAGGCGGGAGCGACAGCUCAAACUGCACAGCUAUGUAGUGGACAGCGGUCACACAGAAGUAAAGCGUCUAAACCUUCUGAAUCUGGAGAACAUAAGUUGGCCGGAAAGGGAAUUUCUACCUAUUCCAAUGGGUGCGCCAGGAAGUCGCCAACUGCCUCUGGAAGCAAAGUUCAGUCGUGGUCAAAUGCACACCUUGUGGAAACUCUUUCGAACAUUUAUGAAUGCAAUGGAGGAGCUCGGUUUCAGUGACAGGUGGAUGAUUUAUGGCGGCACCCUACUCGGCUCAUUUCGACAUCAUGACAUUAUCCCCUGGGAUGAUGACCUUGAUAUUCUCGUGGAUGUAUCUGCAAGACCAAUGCUAAGGGAAAGGAUGCGCAGGCUGAAACCCAACAUCCUCAUUCAUGAGGGCGGGCAGAGGGACAAGAUAUACGCAAAGCUAAUUGAACCGAGUAAUUCAUCUGAGGACAUUUACGGCAGUCGCAAACUGAGUGUCUACAGCUGGGGCUGGCCCUUCCUGGACGUCAGUUACUUCUCCUCUAAUGCGACUCACAUUGAAGAGCUUGCAUGGUCCUAUGGUCGGUCUUAUAGCUAUGCAAAAUCGGAUGUGUUCCCCCUAUUACUGAGACCAUUUUAUAAGUACUGGGUUCCGACGCCAAGAAACACAUUUGCUGUUCUGCUGCAGACAUACCCGGGAAAUGACCUUUGCUCGGCUUCCGGCUAUUCCCACAUCUUUGAGAAUGGAACCAGCAGUCGGACAGUGCCAUGCAAAGAGCUAGCGAGCAGGUAUGCUUUCGUUGAACACGCAUCGCUCGAAGACAAUGUCCAGGACAAGAAUGGAAGACAGGAUGAUUUGGAUUGGGCCCGCGAGCGGCUGGUUCAAGGUGGCAAGGUCAUACACGAACUUCGUAUGGUUGCCCCUCGGCGAGAAUCCAAUGUGGACACCUAUAGAUUGCAAGCAAAACCCAAGACGGGAGCACCCUUUCAGGUUUAA